AUGCAACCUCAGCAAGUGGCCAAACUCUGGGAGGCCACGCAAGUCGAGCUUCAGGGAAGUUACUCCAACAAGCGCGUCGUCGACCUAGCCAAGUACACCCGAGAAACCAACUUGCUUCGAGCCUGGGUUGUCGUUGUCGCAAGCCCACUGCCGUCUUUGCUGGUGACGUUUUUAAUCGACUCCAUCCCCCUCGCUGAUCCAUCCGAGGGCGUCGCGGCCAACAUGGCAUUCUUUGUCCGGCACUACUUGUGUAUUUUGAUGACGACCAGCAUGGUUAUUCACCAAUUCCGUAGAGGAAUGUAUUAUCUGCUCCCGUAUCCCACGAAGCCUUUUGUCCGAGAUUCGCUGGUGGUGUCGGCCUUUACUACUGGGAGUCUCUAUGUACUCUCGCUCGUCAUCGGAUUUCCAGUACCGUUCAGCUCGUUGGUUAUUCUCCCGGGCUGGACUACGAUUACUGUAGCCGUGAUGGCAGUUCAAUGGGCGAGUAGGAUUCGAGAGACGCCCUCCGCCGUUGUGAUGCUGAUUGGUAUGGCCAAAUUGAUGGUGUGCAAGGUAUUCAUGAUCUCCGUUUACCCUCUCUACUACCAUAUCUUCACGACAUUGACUGAGAAAUCUCAAACGGCGUUCACAAUGCUGCUCCCGCUGAUCAAACUUCUCAUGCGCAACCUCUUUGCUCGAGCUGUUCGUCACCUGGGCGACGAGACGCCCGAACUUGUGAUCUUUAACGCGGACGCGUUCGGCUCGCUCUUCGUGUCGUACUGCAUGCAGAGUUUGCCCUCGAUUUGGUCGACUAUGGUCAUCAUUGCAGCCGAUGCGAUCCUGAUCGCGCUGUCGUUGCGUGAUAUCCUGCGUAACUGCGAAGGGCUCGAGGUGCUCGAGCACCAAAUCGACAAUGGGCCCAUCUGGAGGCACUGGCGUGGAACGCUGGGGUUUAAACUACUUGGCGGUCGCAAACCCACUACGUUGGAGCGCGCGGGUAUCCUGUUGGAACGAGGCGAGACGAAGAACUCACCACCAGCCAAUCCUCGAUCGGCUAGUACCGUUCACCCAGCAGAAACUAACGAUUUUCGUGCCCGAAAGUCAAAACCAAGGACGCCGAUCACGACAAAAUACACCCACAAGGUCCAACGGCUGCUGUACAUGGCAGAAUUUCUACUUCUGCUCAACUAUAUCGAGGUGGUGAUUCCUCAACAUUUUGCGAUCUAUCUGAUUGUUACGUACCAUCUUCCGAACCGCGACUACUACGAAGUCUUCAUCAAUAUGAGCGAAAGCCAGCUCUACGAAACGCUGUAUAAGCUUCUUGUCUACUGGUUCCUUCAGCUUCUCUCACUACUGUGUUUGGAUAUCCUACUGCGGCGUAUCCUGGGGCUGUCCCCAGUCCGACUUCUCGCGUUCGUCUUCGAGAAACAGGGCGACUUCGUGCAGAUUCAUCUGACCUACUGGCUCUGUUACAACGCACAGUGCGCGCUGAAACAUAUAGGAUACGAUUACACGUUUCAUUUUGCGUGGCUGUUUAACAAGUAG